UAUCACACAGUCUUCAGACAGAGUUGAAUUCGGAUCGCCAUCAUCCUCGUCGUCGUAGCUUGCCGCCGGUCUCGUCGUCAACUCUGUCUGAAUGUUGUCGUCCCACAUUUUAAGUUUUAAUUAGUUUAUUGCAAACUUUUACUCCUGUACUUUUUUUUCUCCCGGGCGUGUGUUGUUCAGAAAAUCGUAUCGUGUUGAGUGUCAAGCUAUAGAAUCUGUCAUCUGUGUACCUUAUUUGUGAUAUCAUAACCAACCACAAAAUAAUAGUUUAUAAUAAUCAAUCAAUUUUGUUGCCUAAUAAUAAUCAUUUAACAUAAACGCAACUAAAUGUAACUGUAAUGCGAGAGCCGAUUACAUAAGCACGAACAGCACGGCGAAAUGGAUUACGUAACACUUGUGUGGCAUGCACUGUGAAUGAAUAAGUAACCACCCACUGGUUGAGACACAGCCUCUUCGAACAAGCCAAUACAGCGGAAAAUCUAAAUUAGAUGGCGGCCAAGUGAAAGUCUCCCUCUUUAGCCGAAAGUUAAGUCGUCAAAUUAUUGCUGGCCUCACAGAAAUUAACCGCCAGCCGAUUCGCCACGCCCAUUGGCACGGUAAGCCGCCGUGAAGUAGGCAAAGCAAAGUACGAGAAUAUUUAUGCGCACAAGUGAUAACCACGGCACGGUCAACGAAGCAAAACAUUUGCUGCGCUAGGAAAGGGACGACACGGCACGGGCACGGGCACGGGCACGGGCAACACAGUGAGCCAAGUGGGAGAUCCAUAACCGGAGUCAGAACAGGAGUCAGAGGAGUUAGGAGGUUUCGGCCACUGCCAUAGCAUCACCAUGAAGGGCUUGACGGCGUUUAAGGAGAAGGCGACGGGCGUGUUUGGCGGCCUCAAGCCGAACAUGGAGAAGUUCGAGAUAUCCCAGAGCUACCACACCGGCCACGGCGGCUACGAGGAAAUGGAGGGCGGGGAGCGCGAGGGCCACGGACCCGGCGGCGGCCACGCCUACGACGACGACGACGACCGGCCCGACUCUCCCGCCUCCUUCGAGGAAAUAGAGCGUCCGCCGCUCCGGAAGAUCGACAAGUACUGCAAGGCGGAGUGCCCAUGCAUGCCAGCCCGCUACACCAUCGCCACCAUGGCCUGUGUGGGCUUCAUGAUCGCCUUCGGCAUGCGCUGCAAUAUGUCCGCGGCCAAGCUAAAGGGCGAGCACAAUGGGACGGUUUUUAUGAACUGGACGGUUGCCGUGGAGAGCCAUGUGGACUCGUCCUUCUUCUGGGGCUAUCUCAUAACUCAGAUUCCCGGUGGCUUCAUUGCAUCCAAGUUUCCGGCCAACAAGAUAUUCGGCCUCUCCAUCGUCAGCUCGGCAACGCUGCAUCUGUUCGUGCCCUUUGCCAUGACGCUGAUGCACGGCCAUGUGGUGAUUUGUGUGCGCGUGCUGCAAGGACUCUUCGAGGGUGUAACGUAUCCGGCUUGUCACGGCAUCUGGCGCUUCUGGGCGCCGCCCAUGGAACGCUCCCGUCUGGCCACGCUUGCCUUUUCGGGUUCGUAUGCCGGCGUCGUGGUGGGGUUGCCCCUGUCUGGGCUGCUGGCUGAUACGGUGGGCUAUCAGGCGCCGUUCUAUGCCUACGGCGUGUUUGGCAUCAUUUGGUAUAUGUUCUGGAUAUGGCUGUGCUUUGAGAACCCGCGAAAGCAUCCGGCCAUCAGCAUUCCCGAGCUGAAGUACAUCGAAAAGUCGCUGGGAGAGUCGCUCCAUCCGACGAUGCCAUCGCUAAAGACGACGCCUUGGCGGCAAAUGUUGCGCUCGAUGCCGGUCUAUGCGAUUAUAGUGGCCAACUUCUGUCGAUCCUGGAACUUCUAUCUGCUGGUCUUGUUCCAAUCUUCGUUCCUCAAGCACAAGUUCGGCUUCAAGGUGGAGGAGGCUGGCUUUGUGGGCUCCCUGCCACAUCUGAUCAUGACCACAAUUGUGCCAUUUGGCGGUAUGCUGGCUGAUCAUCUGCGAAAGAAUGGCAUCCUCUCAACCACGAAUGUGAGAAAGCUGUUCAACUGCGGUGGGUUUGGAAUGGAGGGUCUGUUCUUCCUAUUCGUGGCACAUUCCUCAACGGCGACAGGAGCCAUGUUUGCCCUGACUUGUGGCGUGGCCUUCAGUGGGUUUGCCAUAUCGGGCUAUAAUGUCAAUCACUUGGAUAUUGCUCCACGCUACGCGAGUAUCCUAAUGGGUCUCUCGAACGGCAUUGGCACGCUGGCAGGCAUCAUAGUGCCCUACGCACUGGAUGGUCUUAUACAGGCUAAUCCCACUGGCUGCUGGACCACUGUGUUCACCCUGGCCGCCUGUGUUCAUCUGGUUGGCUGCACUUUCUACGGCAUCUUUGCCUCUGGAGAGCUGCAGCCCUGGGCCGAGCCGCCGCCCGAGGAGCAGCAGGUUUGGGCACCACCGGCGGGAGCCAUCACCAACACGGAUCCCAGCCAGGCCGGCAUGCUGGGCAACUACAUGAAGGAGACAGCAUUCGGUGCGCCCGAGUACAAUGAGCAGAGCCAAAUGCAGCAAUCAAGUGCCAUUAGCUAUGGCGCCACCGGGCACGUGGCCAACAAUCCAUUUGCCAUGGCCGCCAGUGGACCCAUUGCCGAGGAGCCCGCCCCGCCGCCGUACGACGAUGUGGCCUACAACUAUGACUACACGCAAGGGCAACCCCAGCCUGGGCAGGCAGGACAGCCAGGACAGCCGACCUACGACACGCAGUCCUACCAGCAGCAAUAAAGGAAUCACUUUAGUCACUGAUAUAUAUCAUAGCUUUUAGUUGUAGUUGGAAAUCGUUUGUUCUUGGUGUGUCGUUAAAGUUAUUCCAUCACUCUAUAUGUUGGGUUUUAUUCGAGGAACUGGGGUCGCUAGUCACAUACACACACACAGACAAACAUAUGUAGUUAUAAAUAUCGAGAUCCUACGCUGAGUAAAUUACUACAAAGGAAACAUGUUCAAACGAAUUUUCAGCAGAGGAAUGUCACAAGCCACAAGCCACACUAACACAAUGAAACUAUGUACCUAACAGAGAAACUACAUAUGCACACAUAGCAAAACACAAAAGUAACACAUAGACACAGGAAGGCGCAUUCGAUCUGCAGCAUCUGUCGUCUAACGUCGCUUCCGCGAAUUUCUAUUUACAAGCUCCAAUCAAAAAUACAAGGCAAAAUGGAAACAGAGGGACAAGAAGAGGGACAUUUGUGUAUAUCAUAAACUACAUAAUCCAGACAUGCACCACGUCUCAAAGAAUACUUAAAAGAUAUAUAAACCGAUGUAAUAUAUACAUGAUAUGUAUGUAUUAUUGACAUUAUUAGCUACAAAUUGUUGUUAACUAUGCAAAUAUGAAAACUGCAAGUUUUAUUACCGUUGAAGAUAUUAUAUCUGUGCAAAGAUCAGCCCCACGGGGCGACAGCAUCUAGGCAUGGGACAAUUUUAAUCUUAAAAAGCUAAGCAAUUGUUGAUGUUCGGCACGAA